AGAUGACUCAAGGCAGAAACAACGUUUCCGCACAGGAUCACGUUGACUGCAUAUUUUUUCCUCCUGAUUUAUAAAGUCAUAUUUUUUAAAUCCAGCUGCUAAAUAAUUUUGUUUUCCGACCUGAAACAUAUGAAAGUAACAAAAAGCAGAUCUGUAAGGAGGCGAAGACCGUUUUGAAGACGUUCCCAUCUUGCAAAGCAGAGGAUUGGAACGUUACUGGGAUUAUCAGCCGCGAGAGGGAGAAGGGAGGCGCGAGCGAUCAUUUCAAUUACAAAAAAUAGACUCAGCAGGUAAUCGGAUUACAAAGAGUUUAGUUCACAUUGGGACGUUUGAGAUCGUUUUGUUCAUUCUCCCGUCCGCGGCCGACCUCAGCGGAUCUCCUCGGUGAAGAAGCCAGCACCAUGCCGGUGGAUCUGAGCGGAUACUGGAAAAUGGUUUCUAAUGAGAACUUCGAGGGUUACAUGAAGGCUCUCGAUGUAAAUGUAGCCAUCAGGAAAAUUGCUGUCCUCCUGAAGCCAGACAAAGACAUCGUCCACGACGGGGACCACCUCAUCAUCAAGACCCUCAGCACCUUCAAAAACUACAACAUGGACUUCUAUGUGGGCAAAGAGUUCGAGGAGGAUCUGGCAGGAGUGGAUGACAGGAAAUGCAUGACCACCAUUAACUGGGAGGGAGACAAGCUGGUGUGUGUUCAGAAGGGAGAGAUUGAAGGAAGAGGCUGGACCCACUGGGUGGAGGGAGAUGAGCUUCAUCUGGAGCUGAGAGCUAAAGAUGCUGUUUGCAAGCAGGUUUUCAAGAAAACCUAAGCUGAUCUUCAACAACUCAGUUCUUUCAGCAGUCACUGCCUCAGAGAGUGAUGCAGCUUACCAUGCAACACAAUAUUUAAGGUCCCUGUUUGUUCUUGAGCAUAGUUUUUAACAAAAACACACAUUUCUAUUCAUUCUAGACUGUUGCCUUACUUUGCAGGAAUGGUUGUUGUGUAAUCCUGUCAGAUGCUGUAUUUUCUGAUGCAGCUGCUCUGGUCUGGAAGUUUAUUAUGAAAUCAUUCACACUGUGUGCUGUCUCUAAUCUGAGGUAUUGUCUAAUAAACUGUUUUAAUGGUUCUGCUCAGAGGGUUAUUUUGUAAAAGUUGGUAUUUGAGACAACAUGCAGACUUUUAAUGUCUUUGUUAGAAUAACAGACCAGAUAUAUGUGUUUAUGUGUCUAAAUCCUCUGGAACUGCACGGUUAUUAAAAUCAUUCAACAAAUAAAGCAGUUUUCAACAGUGA